AUGCAGGUCUCUCUCCCGCUGGCGCUGCAUCUUCGCAGUCCCCAAACGUACAAUUUUUUGACAGACGAGCACUGGAAGCCUGGAGAGAAAUUCCAUCGCCGCUCUCUAAAUGAUCUCGCCUUUAUCGAUGCCCAUUCCGGCCGAAUUCAAGCAACUGUUCUCUUCGCAGAUAUUCUGCGAGCCAUUUUUGACCACCCGGACUGGUCGCAACUCUAUGAUUUCUUCAGCGCACGGUAUUCCAAAGAGCAGGGACAGGUGGACUCUGCGAUCCGCACCCUGCAUCCGCCCAAAGAACAGUCGACAUGGAAGAAGCCUACCGUCAUUGCCAUCAAAACGGACUGCAGCUCUGUUGGCCUGCCGAAAGACUUUCCAGCUCUCCUUGCGACAGCAGGCGAAACUUCGCGCUCGGGUUUGAUGGGCCCAGAUCCACAACCAUGCGCCAUAGGGCCGGCCAUCGGCCUUGCUUUUGGCGUGGGGUCCUAUAUGGAUCUGACGUACGCCAACCAACCGCCUGGCCAUUACCCCGCGGUCCGGUAUGUUGGUGAUGAGUUAUACGGCUUUGGACAAAAAGAGUACCAGGUUUUAUCAGGGUCUUUUGCUGUAACCAAGAAAGGCGGCCGAGAGCGCUACUGGGCCGAAUGGGCUCGUCUCUGGUCUAUCAUUGCCGAGUGGGUUUAUGAGCACGACAGUGAAGCGCUGCAGCUUGGCUAUAUUGACCACUUCACCUACAAAAGUAGACUCACUCCUGAAGAGGAGCGCUCGUUUGAUAUUUUUGGCAAAAUCCCCCGCAAAUAUCUCAAAACCUAUGGCAUCGCGGCUGCUGACGCCGUCCACGAUGUCUUUGCUCAGCUUGCAAAAGAACCUGAUUGCUUCCAGGGUAUUGAGUGGGACUUUUUGGAACUAGCAGUACCUGUUGAGGUGCGCGACUCAUUUUACGCUCGAUUCGGUGAAAGGGGCUCCGACUUGGGAAUCAUUCGGCUCCAAUUGAGCAUCAGGAUCGCUGGCCCAAGCGGGGGCUCUGGUGCAUAUGAUGAAAUCAGUCCAAUGGCUCUGAAAAAAUGUCCGAAUACCCUCUGCGGCAUGGACUGGGAGAGAUGGCUGCUAUCAAUCGAAGGUGGAGAUGUUAUCGUCUUGGAGGCGAUGUUCCAGGCACUGUGGGCUGUUAUGCUAUUAAAUCAACUUCCACUUGACGUCCAGAUCAUUGAGGCAGGGGGUCAGUUUCCGAAAUAUCGAGACCCGGGUAGUGUAUACCUUUAG